AUGGACUGGCCCAGUGCAAGGGUGGCCCCGGGUGGCCUGUUUCAUACGCCCAAAGCACGCUACACGAAAGAAACGCAGGAUUUGAUCAAAGUUUUAAUGGAGGAAGCGAAAUUGACGAUUCUGCAACGGAACAAAAUCAACUAUCACCUUCGAAAUGGAGAACCCCUGCCGGUACCGAAGGAACCGAAGUUUGAGCAAGAGUACAGCAACUUUCUCCCGAUGGCUAUUCCGAGGAAGAAUAUCAAAAAACGGUCGCUCAACACCAUUAUUGAGAGUGGUGCGUUCGAUGUGGAGAAAUACGUACCACAUAAACCGAAAGAACCGAUCGAAAAAUUGAAACUUAAGCUCCAGGAACAGAUGAGUGGUAUUAAGAUGUUUCCUGAUGACGGUCGUCGGCGGCGGGUAGUCCGUAGCAAAAGUGAAGGCUGUAUGGACUUUGUUCCACCGGACCGGGCUAGUGAACUACUCGAAGAAAUCAACGAACGUGUUCAGUGGCUGGAGGAGAUGGAAGCAUUGGGUGAAGGGAAGAAGCAUCGGGCCACAAUUCAGCUGCAGAUAGCGGAGAAGCUUAACGAACUGAAACGACUCGAUCGGGCAAAAUCACACGAAAACGAAAUCUAA